GCCGCUCCCCCCGGCGAGCUAGCAUGAAAUCUCCCUGCCUCUGCCGAGAUCAAAUGGAGCUCCUCGUUCAGGGGGUGCGGGUAUUACCUCCGCCAUGCAAUUUCCACUAUCAAUAAUUUAACUUCUUUGCUGCAGAACAGAAGAAGUACAUACCGGGCACCAAAGACUCCCCCCUACCCCUUCUUUUUAACCAAAGGAAUCGUGAAAAAAAUAAUAGAGUCUGGGAGUUUCGGGGCCGAAGUCUUCCCCAGAGCAGCUGCCUUGAUGUUUACUUUGACAAGUAGUGACUGAAAAGUUCCACCAGGUGAGAAGAGUGAUGACCAUCCUUUUCCUUACUAUGGUUAUUUCAUACUUCGGUUGCAUGAAGGCUGCCCCCAUGAAAGAAGCAAACGUCCGAGGACAAGGCAGCUUGGCCUACCCAGGUGUGCGGACCCACGGGACUCUGGAGAGCGUGAAUGGGCCCAAGGCAGGUUCAAGAGGCCUGACGUCGCUGGCUGACACUUUCGAGCACGUGAUCGAAGAGCUGUUGGACGAGGACCAGAAAGUUCGGCCGAACGAGGAAAGCAGCAAGGACGCGGACCUGUACACGUCCCGGGUUAUGCUCAGCAGUCAAGUGCCUUUGGAGCCCCCUCUUCUCUUUCUGCUGGAGGAAUACAAAAAUUACCUGGAUGCUGCAAACAUGUCCAUGAGGGUCCGGCGCCACUCGGACCCCGCCCGCCGCGGGGAGCUGAGCGUGUGCGACAGCAUCAGCGAGUGGGUGACGGCAGCGGAUAAGAAGACUGCCGUGGACAUGUCGGGCGGGACGGUCACGGUCCUUGAAAAAGUCCCCGUCUCCAAAGGCCAGCUGAAGCAGUACUUCUACGAGACCAAGUGCAAUCCCAUGGGUUACACAAAGGAGGGCUGCCGGGGCAUAGACAAGAGGCACUGGAACUCCCAGUGCCGAACUACCCAGUCGUACGUGCGGGCCCUCACCAUGGAUAGCAAAAAGAGAAUUGGCUGGCGGUUCAUAAGGAUAGACACUUCCUGUGUGUGUACACUGACCAUUAAGAGGGGAAGAUAGUGGCUUUAUGUUGUAUAGAUUCUAUUGAGACAAAAAUUAUCUAUUUGUAUAUAGACAUAACAGGGUAAAUUAUUCAGUUAAGAAAAAAAAAUAAUUUUAUGAACUGCAUGUAUAAAUGAAGUUUAUACAGUCCAGUGGCUCUACAAUCUAUUUAUUGGACAUUUCCAUGACCAGAAGGGAAACAGUCAUUUCUUUCUUCCUUUCUUUCUUUCUUUCAUUCUUUCUUUUUUCUUUCUUUCUUUUUUUUUUUUUUUUUUUUUUGCGCACAACUUUAAAACGUCUGCAUUACAUUCCUCGAAAAUGUUGUGGUUUGUUGCCGUUGCCAAGAAUUGAAAAACGUUUAAAAAAAAAGUUUAAAAAAUACUACUAAUAAAUUGCAUGCUGCUUUCAUUGUGAAUUGAUAACAAACUGUCCUCUUUCAGAAAACAGACAAAAAAAAAAAAAGAAAGGAAAAAAAGUCUAACAAAAAUUUGAACCAAAACAUUCCGUUUACAUUUUA